AUGAAUAACAUUUAUUUUAUUUUUUUAUCUUUCUUUAAUUUUUUAAAAUGUAGGCAAAUUCGCUUAGAAAACCCUUAUCUGACAUCAAAAUUAGCAAAAGAAGUUCACAGAACAGUAAACGAUUUGAUUAUCAAAAAGCACGAAAAAUCGGAGCAAAUUUUGUUAAAUUACGGCUCAAAAACUGAGAACAGGGGGUUCUGUUAUCAAAGAACACUUAUAAGUUCAAAUAGAAAUUUAAUCUCAUAUCACCAUCAAAAAACAGAAGCAGUUGAAAAAACAAUCCAGAAAUAA